UAGAAAGCCAAGGCAUACUUUACCUGGUAGAUGUGACAUGACGAAAUUUCUGUCGGCUGGUUAUCACGGAUGAUGGCGAUCUGCAUCCAAUUCAUCGGCCUACAUAAGUAGGCUACUGUACAAGUGGCUCAUUCCUCUUGUCACCUGCAGUGGGAGGUGCGGCCGAGGGGAGCUGGGCUCUGAUUGGCCGAGCAGGGAGGAGGCUUCUGUGACAUCGUGAUGCUGUGCAGAUGCUCAGCAGCAGUGGUAGUCGAGAAAGACAGGCUGGCGGUAUCCUCUCUCUCUCUCUCUCUCCCUCUUUCUCUCCCUCCCCCCUCUUUUUCAUCUUUCCUUUCCCUUCACGCACAAGCACGCAUACACACACGCGCACUCCGUCACACUGCAGCAGAAGGGAGAGGACACACCGUGAAGGCCUCUCCUCUUCCUCCUCAUCCCUCCCGUGAAAGGCAACCUGUCUCUCUCUCCUCCGCUAUCCUCUGCUUUCUUUCAAGGACUACUGCACCCAGGAAGCGCCUGGAAAAGGACCUACCGCAGCACGACGGAUCUACGGAUCACUCACACACCUACAUCCUCUUUUUUUCCCUCUGCGUUUCUUGUUGCCAGGCAGUGUUGGCUGAGCGUCAGGACGUGCGCUCGAGCAUGUCCGGACCGUAUCCCAGGAUGCCGUGCGGCAGGCCACUCUGCUAGGCCGCAGCAGCAUGGGCAAAGCACCGGGGGGGUGGGACAGCACGGAUUGGACGGCUCUGCUCCGGACGGGCGCGCUUACGCACUCCGCCGCUUCCGAUGGGUGAGGACGGCGAGAGCCCCAAAAUCAAUCACAGCUUCCUCCGAGACUAUGUCACAGAAGCUGAUGUCAUUUCUACAGUGGAGUUUAACCAGACGGGGGAUCUGCUGGCCACAGGGGAUAAAGGGGGGCGAGUGGUCAUCUUCCAGAGAGAGACAGAGUCUAAAGGUGAACCUGAGGAGCUGGGAGAAUCGGGUGAGUAUAAUGUCUACAGUACGUUCCAGAGUCACGAACCAGACUUCGACUAUCUGAAGAGUUUGGAGAUUGAGGAGAAGAUCAAUAAGAUCCGCUGGCUGCCACAGCAAAACGCUGCCCACUUUCUUCUCUCUACCAACGAUAAAACGAUAAAGCUAUGGAAGGUGAGCGAGAGAGACAAGCGGCCAGAGGGCUACAAUCUGAAGGACGAAGAAGGGCGAAUAAAGGACAUCUCCACCGUGACCUCAUUACGGGUGCCGGUCCUGAAGCCCACUGACCUGAUGGUCGAGGUUCGGCCGAGGAGAAUCUUUGCCAACGGCCACACCUACCACGUCAACUCCAUCUCAGUCAAUAGCGAUGGCGAGACAUAUCUGUCUGCUGAUGAUCUCAGGAUCAACAUGUGGCACCUGGAUAUCACAGAUCGAAGCUUCAACAUUGUGGACAUUAAGCCAGCCAAUAUGGAGGACCUGACGGAGGUGAUAACAGCUGCAGAGUUCCACCCACAGCACUGCCACCUGUUUGUAUACAGCAGCAGUAAAGGCACGCUACGCCUCUGUGACAUGAGAGAGUCGGCGCUCUGUGACAAGCACUCCAAAAUCUUUGAGGAGCCAGAGGACCCAGGCAAUCGAUCUUUCUUCUCUGAGAUCAUCUCGUCGGUUUCUGAUGUUAAGUUUAGCCAUAGUGGACGUUAUCUGCUCACCAGAGACUACUUGACUGUCAAAGUAUGGGACCUCAACAUGGAGAAGGGCCCAGUGGAGACCUACCAGGUUCAUGAGUACCUAAGAAGCAAACUCUGCUCUUUGUAUGAAAACGACUGCAUCUUUGACAAGUUUGAGUGCGUCUGGAACAGCACAGACAGUGUAAUCAUGACAGGAGCGUAUAACAGUUUUUUCCGGAUGUUCGAUCGUGAAACCGGUCGCGGUGUAACCCUCGAGGCAUGGCGUGAGAGCAGUAAACCGCGUGCUGUGCUACGGACUCGCCGCGUUUACACCGGGGGCCGGCGUCGGCGGGGUGACGUGGGUGUGGACAGUCUGGACUUCACAAAAAAGAUUCUGCACAUGGCUUGGCACCCGGCUGAAAACAUCAUCGCCAUUGCAGCCACUAACAACCUCUACAUCUUUCAGGACAGGGUCAACGCAGAAAACCUGUGACAAACCACACACACAGCCACACACAAACCAACAUGCACAUAUAUCAAUAUUAUACUUUAAAACACAGAUUCUUGGUCCUGUGGAGAUGGACCCUGAAAGUAAACAGAUGGACUUUGCAGUUAAGCCGUUCCAGGAGAGCAGUUAUGUAUAGCCAAUGACUUUAUGUGAUAACUGUUGGUUAAUUACACCACCAAGAAUGUUGCCGAUGAGCUACGGUACGUGGAAUUUACGAUCGACAUCACAGUUAGCCAAUCCCGGACUGCUUCGAUAUGUGAUGGAUGGUGUUGACGGCCAUUCCCUGACUGCGCUGAUCUGUGAUUGACAGCUAAUUUGGGCUGAAGACCAGGAAUGAGACCGCUCCACUCCUCUGUGCCAGGUUGCCAUGGAGACAGGUUACUCUGUUGUCAUGGUAACAAGAGUGCUCUGAGCAGUCUUCCUAUCACGUGCUUCCCAAAAACUAUCCCACAAUGCAUCUGCUACACGAGCACUCAUUUUACUUCACAUCAGAACAUGGAUGCCUAUAUGAACCAAUCGCUAUAUCUCGCACUUGGAAGAGGUUUAUUAAAUUCCAGUACUUGUCUCAUGCAUCCUAACAAAAGGAUUGAUCUACUACUUCAUCAGAACACUGUCUUAACCUGGUUACACCUCAAGAUGGGUUACAUUUACACCUGUAUGGUAAGAAAAAAAAAAAAAAAAAAGAACGAGGAUAUAUCACACCACUAACACGCUUUUAAAAAAGCCUCCAGCAGACAUGCGUUAGGGUCAAGCUCUGAUAUAGUCUCUGGUUACACAGAUUUCUGGGCUCUCACAGUGAAGCACUGCCUUUUUAUGUAUGAUUGUAGCUACUCUACUGAACCCUCAAAAGGAAAUUUAAACAGCCAUGUUGGAAAUAUAGAUGAAAAUACUGACAUGGGCUACAAAACAGUGCAGAAAGCAUGAAAAAUCAGUUUGUUAAUUUAAAGAAUAUUCCAGUAAAUGCUUUACCACAAACAAUAAUUUUGACACAUUACUCUGUUUUAUAAAAAAAAAAAAUGUAGAGUAAUGUACUUUCAGUGGAAGUCUGUGGGACAUUCUGAAGGGUUUAAAAGCAAAAUGUGCAGCUUGUAUUUUUGUUGAAAUGCUUAUAUGAAUGGUUACCAACCUUUUUGACUCCAAAGCCCCUCAUUGUCUCAUUGUCCACAAAAAUAUCUGAAGACCCUAUUACUUUUACAGUUGUUUGUGAUUUACUGGGUAAGGAUUUUAUAAAUAUUUUUAACUCACAAUUUAUACCCAAUAAAAUAUUUCAGAGCUUGGCAUGAUUAGAAAAUAAUGUAUAUUCAUCAUAAUGUAUAUCAGAGUUUUAAGAUUUUAUUAACAUUACUUUUACAGGUCUAGGAAUCACACUUUUAAAAUUAGGCUACCUUAUAUAUGCAGGUUUUACAAAAAAUGUUGGAAUGCUAGUUCUUUAAAGAGAGAGAGAGAAAAAAAAACUAUUGAAUCGGUUUAUUUAAAAGGGGUGGUUGAUUAUGAUUUCACUUUUUUAACUUUAGUUAGUGUGUAAUGUUGCUGUUAGAACAUAAUGUCUGUUUUUUUUUUUUUUAAAGAAAUCGCUAAGCACUACAAAAAAGGCUGGUAGGGACUACAAUGAGCUUCUUCCCGGGUUUGUGACAUCACUAACCCGAUGUUUACAUAAACCCUGCCCCCCGGGAUCAUGCAACUAUCCAUAAUGGUAAGGGGCUGUGACGUUUCCGGACAACGAGCACUAGGCGUCAGCGAAUCACAACAUACUGGGCCAGCUAACCAAUCUGAGCCUGAUUGCUUGUUUCUUAGGGAGGGGCUUCAUAGAACCAGGAACUCAACAGACUGUUUUGACGAGAACAGAAACAGUGGUGUAGAAUAAAGGUAAAAUAUGUGAAAAUAAUGCAUUUUUAAAAAACAAAAACAAAGCAUGAACACUGCACCCCAUAAACAUAAGCCUUCCAAAAAAGCUGAUCAACCAACCUUUAAAAUUAGGCUUACUUGUGUAUGCAGGUUUUACAAAAAUCGUAGGAAUGCUGUUUUUUAAAGCAAAAAAACAAACAAACAAACAAAAAAUAAAACAGUUGAAUCAGUUUAUUUUAAUGCUUGUUUUGUCUAAUUUGAAGUCGUCUUUGUUGAGGCCCCCUAGUGGGCCCCAUUCCCUGGUGGAGAGCCACUGGCUUAUAUUUAAUUCUUCUGUCCAAAGGUUAUAUGUCAGCUACAAAGUUGUCAAAAUCUUUUAGUUGUGGGACACUGGUCUAGACUAAUGAACGUCUGCUCAUGCAUUACUAAUGUAAUUCCUGUCCCUUUUUUGGGAAUAUGAUUUAUGAUUGCACAGACAAGGUCAGUUAUUGAUUUGAUCAGAUUUAUUAGUUUUAUUUUAAUAUCAAGAAUACUGAUGUUUUGAGACUAUACUUUCAAAAGGCAUUUAAUUUUUAUUCCCCCUAUUAUUAUAUGCUAAUUCCUUGCUCCCUGGACUUCCAUUAUAAGUGCAUUAACAUAGUUGAGGACGUGUCAAAAUUGCGUUUUGUGGCAGCAUGCCAAAUAGCUUAUCUUUGAAAAAAAUAUCGGUCCCACUUUAUAUUAGGUGGCCUUAACUACUAUGUACUUAUAUUUAAAUUAAUCAUUUGGUACAAUGCCCUUAUUUUGUAAAUACAUGUUUUUACAUUGUACUUAUAUUUUUUUAAAUACCUAUAUGUAGUUACAUCUGUAAUUAAUUUCUGUAAUUACAUUUAUAAUUACACUGUUGACCUGAACCCACCCUUAAACCGACCCAUACCACCAAACCUGUCCCUAACCACCCGUAUCCCACCUCAAUAGCAGCAAAAGUGUUUUGCAAUACAAUAUGACCACAAUAAGUACAUUGUACUUGUUUUUUGAUGUAAGUACAUAGUAGUUAAGGCCACCUAAUAUAAAGUGUGACCAAAAUAUCUAAAAUAGCUUAUCUUGUAUUGAAUUUGGAACGUUCCAAUAUGUAGCAGCUAGUAAGUGGAUAAACCAUGUGUAAAUGUGAAUCUCUGCACACUGUGUUUUCAAUGACCACACAGGUGUACAUGUAACUCUCUAUCCACUGUAGAAAGAAUAUGGCGAGUUAUCUUUUGUUUAAGGUGCCAUUCACCUUCUGGGUGACUGUUUGUUUGGUGUAGAUGUGGUAAUGAAUUGUUGGGUGUCUGUGUAGACUAUGACACGGAGGUCAGUGAUUGUUUUUGCUAUAUGAACAAGGCUGAAUGAAUGUAACAUGCUUUUAAUGAAUCCAUUUUUAAAGUGUUAUGAUGUUAACGGGGUGCUCUCAAACUGACGAGCGAGCUUGCUUGCUUGCUUUCUCAUUUUCUCAUUUUCUUUGACUUUUCUGUCUUUUCUGGUGUUCACGUGUUUGUCUGUCCCAUUUUUCUAGUACUCUUUGCUCUACAUAUACUGAGGCUGUGCCUCUUACAAUCAGUCCCUCUACUCUUAUUUUUACAUUUGUAGUUCAUUCACAUCAUUUUUGUACCCUGAGACAAUGAUUCUCCGCUUUUUUCACUCUGUUCCUCUCUUUCUCUCGCACACUUUCAUUCUCUUACAUCCUGUUACCAUGGCAAUAGGCCUUCUGCCAUUAUGCAUUCUCACAUGCUUUCCUCUCAGACAUGCAGUGAAACACACACUCACAUUCACAAUGCAACCAGGGAAUAAUAGCUUGAGUUUUUCAGGGCACACACACACUCUCUCUCUCACACACACACACAAAUUAGGCCUAUACAUGCAAGCAUACACACAAAAACGCAUGUUUAUCAUUAUCCAGUGUUACUAAUGUGUAUAUCUAUGAUGCCUAAACAUAUUCUAUUGACACUUAAUGAAAAAAUAAAAGAG